AUGCCAGGCAGCGUCGAACUUGCCGACCUACGCAAUAAACCGUUCUAUGAUAUAGAUCCUCAGGCAAAGCUUCAUAGACCCGCUAGCGCCUACUUGUACGUGGUAUUUGAGACGUUUGUCACCCUUACAGUCUACUUCAACUAUGACUACUUGACCACCAUAUACCGACAAUUGGGUCCCGCGUGUAUGGGCGCCGCCACCGCUGCAUUAGCACAGUCACUCAAUCAGCUUAUGAAAUAUAAGUUCUCUGACUCGCGUUUGCUCAAGUUCAUCGUCUGGGGUGCCAUCAACGGCCUCUUCACAGCCCUCUGGCUUGACGUGCUAGUCGUCCAGGUACCCAGCCCGAUUUUCCGAAUUAUCAUCGACCAAACUAUUGGGGCUCCACUUUUUCAGCUCACAUUCACCAUAUUAUCGAACAUGUGGGAUGGCGAUAGCCAACUGACUCCAGCAAUACAGGCAGCGUUCAUACGGUCCUUGCGUUAUAGCUAUUGCUACUGGCCGUUCAUCAGCACAGCUAUGUUCACCUUGGUUCCUCCAGAACGAAUGGUCAUUUGCAACUGCGUGGCCAAUUUCAUCUGGAACGUGAUUCUCAGCAGGCUAACCUAA